CUUCUAGGAGGAAAUGACGGAGAAAGCCGGGCGCUGAUUGGUGAGCUCUGGCCAGUAGCGGAAGCCGGUGUUUUGCAGCCCAGAGCAUUUGCAGCUGGUCACUCCAGUCUCCUGGGACUUUGACUCGCCUUACCCGGCGCGCUCCUGCUGAGGGUCGCCGGAGAUGUCGCUCGGCCGCCUUCUACCAGGAGCCUGAUCCGUGCCGCCCGCCGCCCGGAUGGGACCGCCAGAGUGCUCUAAAGUCUCCAGUGAAUAUUGAAUUGCUGAGGAUUUUGGGAAAAGAGAAAUCAAAGUUCCCAUUCCAUGGAUCCCUUAGGUGCACCUUCCCAGUUUGUGGAUGUGGAUACACUACCAAGCUGGGGUGACUCAUGCCAAGAUGAAUUAAAUUCCUCUGAUACUACAGCUGAAAUAUUUCAGGAAGACACUGUUCGAUCACCUUUUCUUUAUAAUAAGGACGUCAAUGGAAAAGUGGUUCUUUGGAAAGGAGAUGUGGCAUUACUGAACUGUACAGCCAUUGUGAAUACCAGCAAUGAAAGUCUCACAGAUAAGAAUCCUGUGUCAGAAAGUAUCUUCAUGCUUGCAGGGCCUGAUUUGAAGGAAGAUCUCCAGAAACUUAAAGGGUGCCGAACAGGUGAAGCAAAAUUGACAAAAGGAUUCAAUCUAGCUGCCCGGUUCAUCAUUCACACAGUGGGACCUAAAUAUAAGAGCCGCUAUCGCACAGCAGCUGAGAGUUCCCUUUAUAGCUGCUACAGAAACGUACUGCAACUAGCAAAAGAGCAGUCAAUGUCUUCUGUUGGCUUCUGUGUCAUCAAUUCUGCAAAACGUGGUUAUCCUUUAGAGGAUGCAACACACAUAGCACUUCGCACUGUAAGGAGAUUCCUAGAGAUUCAUGGGGAAACCAUUGAAAAAGUAGUAUUUGCUGUCUCUGAUCUUGAAGAGGGUACUUACCAAAAGCUGCUACCUCUCUACUUCCCAAGGUCAUUAAAAGAGGAGAAUCGAUCAUUGCCCUACCUACCUGCAGAUAUUGGAAAUGCAGAAGGGGAGCCUGUGGUACCUGAACGACAGAUUAGAAUAAGCGAGAAACCUGGCGCUCCAGAAGAUAACCAAGAAGAGGAGGAUGAAGGCUUGGGAGUUGAUCUCUCUUUCAUUGGCUCUCAUGCUUUUGCUCGAAUGGAAGGAGAUAUUGACAAGCAAAGAAAACUGAUCCUUCAGGGACAAUUAUCAGAGGCAGCUCUGCAGAAGCAGCAUCAAAGAAAUUAUAAUCGCUGGUUAUGUCAAGCAAGAUCUGAGGAUCUGUCUGAUAUUGCUUCUCUAAAAGCCUUAUACCAAACAGGUGUUGAUAACUGUGGUCGAACAGUGAUGGUGGUAGUUGGAAGAAACAUUCCUGUAACAUUAAUAGAUAUGGACAAGGCUCUCUUAUAUUUCAUUCAUGUAAUGGAUCACAUUGCUGUGAAGGAGUAUGUAUUAGUGUAUUUUCACACCCUGACCAGCGAAUACAAUCACCUGGACUCUGACUUCCUGAAGAAACUCUACGAUGUUGUUGAUGUCAAGUACAAGAGGAAUUUGAAGGCUGUUUAUUUUGUACAUCCCACAUUUCGUUCAAAGGUGUCAACAUGGUUUUUUACCACCUUUUCUGUCUCAGGACUGAAGGACAAAAUCCACCAUGUGGACAGCCUCCACCAGCUGUUUUCUGCCAUAUCACCAGAACAGAUCGACUUUCCUCCUUUUGUCCUUGAAUAUGAUGCCAGGGAAAAUGGGCCUUACUAUACAUCAUAUCCCCCAUCACCAGAUUUGUGACCUGCCAUCCUUCAGUGCUUCUUGGUUCCCAGGAUGCCACUUCCUCCACGAAUAGCUACCUGUUGAAGUGAUAUUCAUUGUUGCUGUACAGAUCCAGAGAGCCUUUUGUCCCCACCUCUCUGGUAUUUUUUUAUUGACUGUAUAUUUUCUGGCACAUAAGCAAUCUAAAAAUGGUAGGCCAUUCUGAACUGCACACAUUUUAAAUUUGUAUAUUUAUAUAAAAUGGAAAUGUUCAUUUUUAGAUUGUUAAUAGAAAUUGGAGAGCAACUUUUGAGUAUCUUUAGUUUCCUGAAGGACACCGAAUUCUCCAUUAGAUAAACCACCAAGACUGUUCACAUCAUCUCUCUAACAUUGCACGCUUCCUUUGUGUACUUAAGUGAUUCUCGAAAUAUACAGAACCAAUGUAUGCUAACCAGAUGCAUUGUUUGCUUCAGAUCCAUGGUGUUAAUACCAUGUAUAUUUUAUAAAGAUAAUUUGGCUGUGUUAAAAGAGAAUUACCUGAGUCCAAGAAUGUGGAAAUGUAUCUGACAAAAAACAUCAAAAUCAUUAGCAAAACAUAGGACUUAGAAUGUUAAUGUACAAGUUAAGACUAAAGUUUAAGGACUAAGGUUCCUUGGAUUAUAUGAUUUGUUAAGAUUGCCGCAGUUCCGAUCUCAACAGUGUCGGGGGAAACAAGAAGACUGUAUCUUCAGCCUUUUUCCUAUAAUCAUGGAUGAUUUGGUCUUAUUCAAAAGGACCGCACAUAUUAGUACUCUUAAGAGCAUCUUCCAAGACUCCAGCAGUGAGCAUUUAGAGAGUGUGUUGUCUUCCAGAGUCAUGAAUGAUUUUGUUUAGCUAUCAGGUCUACUACCUCUAAGGACAUUUCAUAGCAGCAUCUCUUGAGUUGCCUGCAUCAGUGUGGAGGAAGUGUGUCACAGUGAACAAAUCCAGGGAGCUGAUAAUUGGCAAAAGACCACUUUUACCACUCAGGCUCUAUUUGUGCCUUAGCUUGCUUAUGAGUAAAAAUUAGAAUUAUGCUGCCUACCUCACAGAGGUAUCAUGAAGAUAGCAUUUAGAAAGGGCUUUGUUGUGGUGGGGUAUCUUCAGUUAGUUUUUAAAUGGGAAUAAAUAUAUAUGAGGGAAUGCUACACAGCACUCCUCUUGUCCUUGA